AUGGUAGAUGUUGUCAAGGCCAAGGCAAUAGAAUGUGCCAACAGAAUCGACCACUUGCUCAAGCACAGGCCUGGAGACCAAGCCUUAAGAAAUUGCAAGAGAAUAUACAGUGUAGUUUUAACUGCUGAUGUGACCGUUGCAGUUGAGGCUUUAACCAAAGGUAACCUUCAGUUUGCAGAGCAAAGCAUGGACGACAUCGCCAUGUUCGAGGCUGUUUUAUGUGAAGAUGGCUUUAUAGGGGCUUCUCCCAUGACAGAUUUAAACAACGCUUCUCAGAAACUUGGAGCUGUGGCUGCAGCAAUUGUGAGAUUAUUGCUUUGA